CCCUCUCUUGAUUACCCUAAACUAAAGUGCCAGAAAUAUCCGAAAUCACUACCACCAAAGCAAUUCAAAACACUUUAGCUGCUAAGUACCAUUUGCUUGCUUGCAGUCGCUCACUCUCAGAUGGAAAUUUACAGCCAAAUCUCUGACCCCCAUCCAUUGGUCUCUAAUCCAGCGUAUACCGAGAAACCGGAGAGUUCUUCUUUGUCUGACGCCGGCAGCGCCGCCCCAAGAACUGCUCACUCGGAUGAGGAAGUUAUACUGGCCUCAAGUAGGCCCAAGAAACGCGCGGGCAGGAGGAUUUUCAAGGAGACGCGACACCCGGUGUAUCGCGGAGUCAGGAAGAGGAAUAAUAACAAGUGGGUCUGCGAGGUGCGCGAGCCUAAUAAGACGUCGAGGAUAUGGCUCGGGACGUACCCCACCGCGGAGAUGGCAGCACGGGCACACGAUGUGGCCGCUCUGACUCUGAGAGGAAGGUCGACGUGUCUGAACUUCGCCGACUCGGCGUGGCGGUUGCAUUUGCCGGGUUCUAGGGACGCGAAGGAGAUAAGGAGAGCUGCGGCGGAGGCAGCAGAGGCCUUUCGGCCAGUGGAGUUUGGCGGGGACUGCGUCGGAGAUGUAGGGAAAGAGGAAGCGAUCAAGCAGUGCCAAGAGAAUUACGGAAGUACUGAGAGCUGUGUGGAGGAGGAAACGAAGACUGCGCAGGAAAAUGUAUUGUACGUGGACGAAGAGGCACUGUUCAACAUGAGAGGCUUGCUUGUGAACAUGGCUGAGGGGCUACUAGUGUCCCCACCAGCUGUCCUAGAAGACGAAGUCAUGGGGAAUGACAUGGGGCUCGAUGCUGAGGUGUCACUAUGGAGUUUCUCCGUCUAAAGGGUAAAUAUCACGUUUAGAUAAAAGAAAGAAAAAAGCAGCUUCGAUAGUCCGUCUCCCUUUGACUUCGUUUGAGCAGUGUACAAGUUUUUCAAUUGGUAUACUCUCAGGGCCUAGCAAUAGGAAAUGAUUAGGACUAUGGCUCGAGUACAAUAGGAAAUUGAAAAUAUGGUUCGAGUAGAAUAGGAAAUUGAAAUAUAUCAUUAAUUCAUUGUUUGAUUCUUUAACAUGUUAUAAAUAGACCAAAUUAUUUGUUUCUUUA